AUGGAGCAACUUUCACCCGCGGAGGAAAAGGAGAUCGGUCUCUUUCAGCGUCAAUAUGCGCAAUUAUUACCUGUUCAGACACUGGCUUUUCCACGGCCAGAGUCACUCAGAAAAUAUUCAUUUCAAAACUGCAUAUACAAUGAAAUGUUUAAUCGAGAGAUAAUUAAAUUCCCUCCACCAGACCGUUAUCAGCUGCGGGUCCUCAAAGAGCUAGUAGCCCGGAUUGAAAAAGCAAUUGUCGAUCCCGCGGAGGAUGAAGUCUUAGAUGAUCUCAUGUCGUGUUUGACGGAGUUCUUGUGUUCGCCGCUUCCAUCCGAAAUCGAAUCUGCACAGCAAAAAGCCCAUGUGGCUUACGCUCUUCCUACACCAAGUGAGGUCGCAGAGAAGAGCCAGAAUGUGACAUUACUAGAAUCCCGAUCUCUCAUAUCUUCCUCUGGCACAACUGGACUUCGAACGUGGGAGGCCGCACUGCGCCUCGGAACCUUCUUUUCUCUGCCAUCCUCGAGGCAUCUUAUCGAAGGAAAAACUGUGUUAGAGCUGGGAGCUGGCACUGGCUUCCUUUCAAUCCUUUGCAGCAAGUAUCUGAGCGCUAAGCAUGUGACCGCCACGGACGGCGACGAAGGAGUUGUCGAGAGCAUCAAGAUCAAUGCGUCCUUGAACGGGAUCAACGACAGCAAGACGCUUGACUCCCAUGUCUUGAGAUGGGGUAAACCUUGGGAGGAAACUAUCCUAGACGAUAAUGUGGAUGAGCGGCAAUACGACGUUGCCAUUGGCGCCGACAUUACAUACGAUGGAUCAGUGAUACCUUUUCUGGUGUCAACCUUGAGAGAUCUGUUUAAGAGAUUUCCAAAAUUGCAAUUUAUAAUUUCUGCAACUAUUCGGAAUGAGACGACAUUCAAAGGGUUUCUUGAAGCCUGCGAGAAUCAUAAAUUUCAUAUUCAAGAGCUCAACCUAAAUGUACCGCCCAUGGAAGAACAGACUGGUUUCUUUCAUCCAACUUCGACCCCUAUUCGCAUCUUCGCCGUAACCUGUUCGGAGCCACCCAAGGAUCAUCUCGCGACAUAG